AUGAAGCUGGUACUGGUCUUCAUGCUGGCCGCCAUCCCCAUUUACUGCUAUGCCAGCAGUUCUGGCUGUCAUGCAAUGGAUGACGUCAUUGCACAGACUAUUAACUCAUCAGUGUCUGUGACUGAGUAUCAGGGCGUGGUUAAGUCAUACGCACCUCUUCCUUAUGACCGAAAGGCUGUGGCCAAAUUGAAACAAUGUUUCCUGGACCAGUCUGAGGAUACUCUCAACAAUGUUAAAGUGAUGGUGAAUGCUAUAUACAACAGUAAAGACUGUCCACAGUCUGCCUAAAAGUUCCACGAGACCUUUGGCUCACAAAAAUGAACAGAAUGAUCAUGAGCCAGCAGCUGAUACCACAAAUCAUAACUUUUC